AAAACUUUAAAUUUUCAUUUUUCUUCUUUUCCUCCAGACCACCCACACCGUGUCUGCAGAAACAUUCCUGUUCAUGAGCAGCAACCUCCACGGGUUAAAGAAGAACCAGAGGAACCUGAACUUCCACACAUUAAACUUGAAUCUGAAGAACCAGAACUUCCACAGAUUAAAAUUGAACUGGAGGAAUUAGAACUUCCACACAUUAAAGAAGAACCUGAGGACCAUGAACCUCCACAUGUUAAAGAAGAACCAGAACCUCCACGGGUUAAAGAAGAACCAAAGGAACCUGAACUUCCCCACAUUAAACUUGAAUCUGAAGAACCAGAACUUCCACAGAUUAAAAUUGAACUGGAGGAAUUAGAACUUCCACAGAUUAAAGAACCACCUGAGGACCAUGAACCUCCACAGGUUAAAGAAGAACCAGAACCACCUCUGGUUAAAGAAGAACUAGAACUUCCAGUUGUUACAGAAGAACCAGAACCUCCACAGGUUAAAGUUGAAAAACAGGACCAUGAAGCUUCACACAUUAAAGAAGAGGAGGAUUAUCUCUUCAUUAGUCAGGAUGAAGAGCAGCUUGAACUGAAGCAGGAAACCAAAACCUCCAUGGUGACGACUUUUGUUGAGCAAAGUGAUCAGAUGGAACCAGAACCAGACAAAGACCAGGUCCUCUGUGAGAACAGAAGUUCCAGCAGCGAUACGGACAUCUCCUCAGAGACUGAGACUAACCCUGACACAGAUCAGAAGUCUUUUCAGUGUGACAAAUGUGGGAAAAGUUUUAAGAGUAAAAGAUACCUAACAAAACAUCACAGUGUUCACACAGGUGUGAAACCAUAUGUUUGUAAGUUAUGUGGGAAAAGUUACAGACUAAGCGGUUAUUUGUCAAUUCACAUGAGAAUUCACACUGGUGAGAGACCAUUUUCCUGUAACACAUGUGGGAAAAGUUACUACAGUAGUGGUCACUUACAUGUCCACAAAAAGAGUCACACAGGUGAGGGGUAUGUUUGUAAAAUUUGUGGGAAAAAUUAUUCGAGCUCUUCUACGUUACACAACCAUCAGUCCGUUCACACAGGAGAGAAACAUUGUUCUUGUAAAAUUUGUGGGAAACGUUUCAGGAAUUUUGCAAAAUUAGAUCGGCACAUAAGAGUCCACACAGGGGACAAACCAUAUUGUUGUCAGACGUGUGGGAAAUGUUUCAUAGAUAGUUACAAAUUGAAGGUCCACACUUUUGUCCACACUGGUGAAAAACCUUAUUGUUGUCAGACGUGUGGGAAAUGUUUCAUAGAUGGUUAUGCAUUAAAGGUCCACACUUUGGUCCACACAGGUGAAAAACCAUAUUCAUGUAAAACUUGUGGGAGAUGUUUCACUACAAAGGUGACGUUAAGCUCACACAUGAAAACUCACACAGGUGAGAAACCGUUUGCUUGUGACAAAUGUCCAAAAUGUUUUACCACUAAAAGAAGUAUGAUKGAGCACAUGAAAACACAUACGGGGGAGAAACCGUUUGCUUGUGACAAAUGUCCAAAACGUUUUACCACCAAAAAAUGUAUGAUGGAGCACAUGACAAUUCACACGGGUGAGAAACCGUUUGCUUGUGACAAAUGUCCAAAACGUUUUACCACUAAAGGAAGUAUGAUGGAGCACAUGAAAACACACACGGGUGAGAAACUGCAUGCUUGUGACAAAUGUCCAAAAUGUUUUACCACUGAAAGAAGUAUGAAGAGACACAUGAAAACACACACGGGUGAGAAACCGUUUGCUUGUGAUAAAUGUCCAAAACGUUUUACCCGUAAAAGUAGAAUGAUGGAGCACAUGAAAACACACACAUGAGAAAACUUUUACGGGUGAGAAACCAUUUUCUUGUGAGAAAUGUCCAAAACGUUUUAUCACUAAAAGAUAUAUGAUGGAGCACAUGAAAACACA